AUGCUCAUUCGUUCAACUUUCACCCUGGCCCCUUGCGCUCUUUUCGCCGCUCUCCUCUUGAGCUCUGUCCCCGCCGCCCUGUCAGCACCUCGGGCCUCGGAUCUUGCCAAACGCGCCGACGCUCCACCCGCUGUUUUCCCCGCCAAUGACAAAGUUGGCCCGGGCGGCACCGACUUUGUCGACUCGGCGCACUUUCGCGUCUACAAUGCGCCCGUUAAGGCCAACGCCGAGGCGGCGCUCGCGAUGCUCGAGGCGGCGCACGAGUGCUUCGUGACGGACCUCGGCUACAUCGACUCGGGCCUCUCCAACGACUACUACCCCGUCGGGGCGGGGCCCUACGCCAAGACCAACGUCUACUCGGUGGCCGACCUGGGCGGGGCCGCCGGGUGGCAAAACACAGACUUCAUGACGAGCAGGGCGUACCUCGAAAUAGUGCACCAGUGGCUCGCGGUGCCCGACAUCAUCGUGCACGAGUUCGGCCACGUCAUCCACUACCACCAGCGCACCUGGGUCAACCAGAGGCGCGCCGCCGCCUGGUGGGAGACCUUUGCCAACUGGUUCGCCGACACGUACAAACAGUCGGACCUGUGCGCGCCCGCCCGCGCAAAGCACGGCCAGCCCGCCCUGGACACGUCCAUGGACAUCCUAAAAGUCCUGGGCGAUUCCUUCCAGGUCAUUGUGGACGGCACGGCCGGCACGGGCAACCACUACCAGGCGUGGCCCUUGUUCACCUACCUCACCAACAACCCGGACGACAUCCCGGGCCUCGACCGCGACGUCAUGAGGCAGAUGAUGCUGCAGUACAGGACCAGCGACAACGAGACGCCCCUGCACACCCUGGCGCGCAUCCUGCAAGGCUCCGGCAACGCGACCGUCGCGCAGGUCGUCGGUCGCUACUGGGCGCGCAUGGCCCACCUCGAGAUCGGACACCCGCAGGCCCGCGACUUCUUCACCCGGCAGGACUACCGCGUCAACUGGGACAGCGUCCGCGCCUCCGGCGGCGCCUGGGUGCCCAUCCAGGGCCGCGCCCCGCUGUACAUGGGCGCCAACCUCAUCCCCCUCAACGUCACGGGCUCCACCGUCGGCGUCGACAUGACCGCCCAGGCUCCCUACACGGCCACCCUCUCGAUCCGGUCGUCCGACGGCACGAUGCGCUUCGUCGACGUUGCGGGCUCUGCCAAGGCCGAACUUGUGUCUGGAGAUAAGGUCGCUCUCGUCGUUGCCAACACGCCGAGUCGCGUGCUGCCAUACGACGGCUUCCGACUGUCGGCCUUUCCGGAUGUUAACCGGCCCCUGGACUACUCCUUUACACUUUCUGGGGCUACCGUCUCGGUCCCCAUCUUUCCUCAAAGUCCUUUUGUUCCUGCAAAGCGCGGUCUGGACGCCAGCAACAUGUGCGGUCUUUUUGCGUAG